GAGUUGUAAAAAUUGCCCCAAUCAUGCGCCUCAGACGCACAUCGGAAGGCGUGCCUCGGAUUGCGCUUAAAUUUAAGUCUGAGCAGUGGUGAAGGACACAGUUUGCUUUGGAUUUACACCUAGCUAGUGCCUUCCAGAGCACGAGCUGAUGUGUAUUUGGAUCUGAUGUUAUUCGGUUGAUAUUUUCACAUCGAUUCAAACCUUCUUUUUUUUUUUGCGACUGGAGGACGAGGUUGUGCCACAUUGGAGCUUUCCGAUGCGCGUCAAGGCACGAUACAACAGUCUCUCCAUACGUGAGAUUCAGCCCUCCCCUGAACGCUUGUCCUCGCGUGGCACGAGUGAAUUAUAACCGGCCGGUGUGUGUUUAUGUUUUAUGAAUCGCUUAAUUAACGCGUAAUCUUGCGGCUGGUGUGUGGAGAGCAAAUGGCCAUAAGGUGUUCUUCUCGCAGCGCGCACAAAUCCCGUUGAUGUGGAUCUGUCACACUUUGUCACACACGUUUGUAUGGCUGAAGCCGGAGCUCUCCUACCCACAAGACACAGUUUGCGGAGUUAAAAGUUGUUGCUGCUUGUGUCUCGAACGACUCUUUCCACCACGGUACCAAUGAUGACUGAGGAGAACAAUGAGGUGGAGAGCGACUCGCAGCUCCAGCGCUCUCCAAGCACCAUGUCCAUCCAACCCAUGACAUCCAAGCUCCAGAGGCUAAAACGCUCGCUGUCCUUCAAGACCAUGAUGCGCAGUAAAAGCGUGGAGAACUUCUUCCAAAGGUCCUACAGCGACGCUCGCCUGCCCCCGGAUUUCAUCACUGACCCGCCGCCUCCUUCUCCCCCUCUGCUGCCUGGCUCUCCUCUCGUCGGUGACCGCUCACCGUCCAUUUCUCCAUCUCUCAGCCCCAACCCCUCCAUCUCCUCCCACUCCCCCUCCCUAAGCCUUUCCCCAUCACUGCCCACCAAACCUCCCCGACCUCAGAUCACCCACUGUUUUCAGGACCACGUCUUUCGCAAGCCCACCAACUGCCAGCACUGCAAGCACAUGAUCGUGGGAAACUCCAAACAAGCUCUGCGGUGUAAAACAUGCAAGAUGGCCGCUCACCUCUGGUGUACCUCAGAACUAUCGCAGCAGCCAUGUCAUGGGAAGUCUGGAGCGUUCAAGCGCAACUUCAGCUCGCCAAUGCUUGUCAAUGACCAACUGGCUGUCGUCAAGGAAAUACAACCAAGCCAAGAACUGUCUUCAUCUCACCUGACACCCGAGGAACGUGAAGUGGAAAAAGAUAAAGAGGAAGAACAAAUUCAGCUUCUCUUGGAGGCUGAUGGACGGUCUGCACCCUGUGAAAAGGCUCCGCGGACGCGUGUAGACCCCGUGUAUGCCGCCUUGCGCUACGGGACAUCCUUGGCACAGAUGAGCCGCUCGAGUUUUGGCAGUUUGUCAGAGUCACCAACGCGCAGCCUGGGGGAGGGAGGUGAGGAGAGGCAGCAGAGACAGUGCAGCAUGGAGGAAGAGAUAACUCAGGAGACAGGGGACCCCCCUGUCCCUGACGCUGAGAUGGAGAAGGAGGAGGAAGAGAGCAGCGGCCAGGCUCAGACUCCUGCAGAGGAGAGCAACGUGAAGGUGCCCAAGCGCAUUGAAGUUCACUCCAUCCACACCUAUGUAGCACUCUACAAGUUUCUGCCUCAGGAACCGAAUGACCUGGAACUACAUCCUGGUGAUCGGGUGCAGGUCACUGACGACUCUAAUGAGGAGUGGUGGAAGGGAAAGAGCGGCGACAGAGUCGGCUUCUUCCCUGCCAACUUUGUGCAGAGGGUCCGGCCAGGAGAGAGGGUGUGGCGGGUCAUCCAGGGCGUCUCCGGCAUCCGAGAGAGAGGACACAUGGCCGUCAGGGAAUCCCAGAUCUGUGUGGGGAAGCGAGAAGAAGGCGAAGUGUUUCUGAGGCUGAGCAGCGGGAAGAAGAGAGGGCUGGUCCCAGCUGACUCCAUAGAGGAGAUCUGAGCCUCUGUGUGCACAUCCCCAUCCUUCCACUUCUACUUCCCCCAGGGACACAGCCAUCUUCAAACUAUCCCCGCCACCCCUCCUCCGACCUCACCUCGGCAAAAGGACAGCCGCAUCCCUUUCCAGACAGUCCUGACUGACGUAAAACCGAACCAAACGUAGAUAAAAAAAAGGACAGAAAACACUCACUUCUGCAAAGACCUGGAGCCACGGCCCACAAUGAACAAGGUUUCCAGUUGAAUUGGUUUGCUGUUUGUCUUUAAUAAAGUGUACAGUUAUAGUCCUGCUCUUAAGAGGGGACUGUUUCUCCGCAGUCUUGCUGUAGGUCUAUCUUUUCAAAUAUAAAAAUCAAUGUUUAGUCAGCCAGAGGAUGCACACGUCAAAAAUGCUUUAAAUAUAUUUCUUGGAUUUGCUGUUUCAGAUUUAGUUUUUAUCAAAAAGACGUUUCCCGACGUGGGAGGAGGCUGUGUCCUGUCAUGGGAACAUGAUGCGUCUGUCAGUGUCCUUUUCUUGUUUCUACCCACUCCGCGUGUCUCAUCCCUAUAUGCUCAUGUCAGGAUCUCCAGCCUGGGGACGGACUGAUAUCAGCUUCAUGCAAACUGGUACACAACAUGAGGCGCUCGCCAAAGACAACCACUGCCAGCCAGAGAAAGCUUUUUGCCAUUCAGACAGACAGGAGAAUCAGAUGAAAGCAGUACACGCACUAAAAAAAAAAACCUCUGCAGCGUCAGGCUGAAUUAGAAUUGCACUUGCCAAAUUGAGAGUGCAGAAAUGAAAAGAUUUUCAAGGGGAAAUUUGAGACUGUGAGGAUGUUUUCACAGGGACUUUUUCCCUGACCUUUUCAGUAUAAAAUUGCAAUGAAAAUAUGGUACAAAAAAAAUCUAUCAGAAACCUUUUAAUUUAUGACUUUAGGAAAACAUAGAUCAGCAGACAGACCCCAUGUUCCAUGGAAACGACAGCUCAACAAAUAUCCCUUUUCAACUCCCAGAGAGAGACAGGAAAUGAAGCUUCAGGAAUCUCUUUUCUUUUUGGUUAAUGACACAAUCAUAUAUGAGUACAAUUUGAUGUAAUGUGUUGUGCCCAAAAGUCAGAAACAGCAGUAAUUGUCUGGGGUCUACAUUUUGUCGUCUUGCUGUUUUAAACAAAGAUGAUGCAGGAGAAGUCAAAAGGAAGGGAGAUGAAACUUGGGAAUCUCUCGAGGAAAACUGGAAGCGUGGUCCUCCCUUGCUUGGCUGGCUGUUGGGAGCACUGAGCAAGAAAAACGGUGUCAACAUCUUCUGAGUAUAGCGGUUACAAGCGGCAGGAGCUGUUCUCCUCGCCGGGUAUAAAAGGGUUCGGUUCUCUGCAGAGACCUGCUGAAGAGCCGCAGUGGGUGUUGAGCAGCAUUUUAACUUGUUCACCAGAGCUCAAACAGCGGGAAACAAAUCAUGGCCAGUCUUCCAGAAAAACAACACAACACAAUGGGGAUCUCUCUGACCAUGACAAGGAGUCUUAAGAUUCACUGACAGCUCGGAGGAGGAGGAGGAGGAAAACAGAGGGAGGAGGAGGAGGUGCAGUGAGAGAGCAGAGAGAGGAGUGACAUGAGUGUUAUGAGUCAGUGUGGGCAUGCAGGUAGUGUUGUACCCAUGGGUGCACGAGUCAUCAUUGAUCAAAUGUCAGCCUGUCAUCUCCUCUCUUGUCCUCUUGUUGUUGAUGUGACUGGUCAGUUCUGACAUAAAGUAAAGGCUUUUUCUUUUUUUCUUUUUUUUCCGUGUAUGAAGCUGGUUUAGACUUCUAUCGAUUCAUAAACUCAUUACUCACUUAAUUUAAAACUCAUUUUAUUUUUCCAGAGAGAGGAUGCACACACCCUGCUUAUGGAAGAUGACAAACGUUAAGGGAAAUGUAGAAUCGAAGCAGAGAAUGUAACAGGAGAACAAUGGGCGGAAAAUGAUGAAAUAAUUGAACUCGUACGUCGUCUUUCAGAGCACAGACAUCUAGCUAAUAUGAUUGUUCUUUAGUCUACAUUUCAAUAUAUGUGAAAGCCUUUAGAGACUAUAAGCUUCUCUUCUUGUAGUAAGGACAAUAGCACUUUAUUUUGUGUCAUCUGAAUAAGUCGUCCUUUUUGUUGCGGUAUCUCCUUCAUAGUUAUCGCUGUCAUAUUCAAUGAUUCUCACCGUGGAACUCUUCGAAGAGGCCGAUGGUUCGUCCUCGUUCUUCGGACGUAAACAUCUUGGAGAAAAAGAGUGUCAGAACAGAACUGGAUUUAUGCUUUUAUCCAUGUAAACUCUUUGUUAUCCUGCCUAGUUUUAUGUAGCAUCACACGUUCACACCUUCGAGAUUUCAAAAUGUAAAGUAUGUGUUUGGAUGUUUCCUGAGUCCAGAGUCAUUUGGUUGGCCACAUACCUCAAUAAAACAUCUUUACAAAACA